ACUAACGCUACAUAAGUUGUCCGUGACUAUUACUUUUACGCUAGUGAGACGAAAUGAGCCGCGGUGAGUCACCGAAGCAGGAGUUCAGACCUCUAAGUCACGCAGGUGGGGGUAUCCAGGCUCUGGCCAUUCCACCACGGGACCUCAAUAAAAUUCAUAUACCAAAGCCACCAGAUGCUGUGCGAGGGCCAGUGGUUCAUCCAGUGAGUCUGGACGCUGACUCUCAACCUCUGGACUACACAGGAGGAGAAGGGCUUCAGUUUGAUGACCAAGGGAUGAUUCUUCCACACAGCAUUCUGGGUAGUUUAGAGGAUUUCAGAAGUUAUCUGGAGGCCAAAGGGGAGACAGAGUUGGUGAAGCGAGUACCAAAGUCCAGGAGAUAUGCUCCAUCUGAGACCCCAGGGAGGGAUCAUUCUCAGACUGUGGAGGAUGGACGUGGGAUUCCUUCAGCCCACAGUAACAUUCAGAGUAAUGCCCUGCAGCACUGGCAUACACAUAUGGCGCAGCGCAGACGGCAGCAGGACUUCUUACGUGACAUGCUCGACAGGCCAGUCGAAAACUUACUGAUGAACCAAGCUAACCGUUUCAGAGAAACUCAGGAGAAGAGGGAAUAUCUCAACCAAGUCAUGCCUCUCAUCCACUCUGGAUAUGGUUACCGUGUGGGCAGUGAGUUUUGGAGUCUCCCCCAGCGUUAUGGAGAUGAAAUGAGUGGCAUCGCAGCUACUCUGACUCAGACCGAGCAGGGCAGACGGGAGCCCGUCACACACAUAGGACUACCAAGAAUCAUACGCCAGGAAUCAGGUAUGAUUUGUGCUGAGACUCUGCGUCCAGCCUCCCAAACGUGGGACCAGAGCAGAUACCUGCAGCACCAGUGCCAUACGCUCGGAGAGCUUCUCCAGGACAUGGACGUCAAAAAGCCGGAGAUUACCGGGCUGGAGGUUAUUGGCUCCGGCAAGCCGUUCACUUUUGUCACAGUGUGUCACGGUCCCUUACUGGAGAAGGAGGAAGAGGAGACAGAGCACAAGAAGAUGAAGAAGGAGAACCUUGAUCCGCUGGCACAGUAUGAUGAUGUUCGUUCAGAUGCUCUGCACAUUCCUGCCUUGAGGUUCUGUGGUCAGCUUGCUAGCUGGACUGGAAACUCCCCCACUAACAAGGGAGAAAUAGGUAUUAAUGCCACGAUAGUCUUUGAGGCUCUGACUGGAGAAAGAGCGUCUUCCCACCUGGAGCUGCAAAAUGAAGGCAGCACAGCCAUCUUCUACAGCUGGCAGCAGCUUCUCGUGCCACGCAGCUUUCCUAACCUGCGAUCGCGAACAAAGAGUCUGCACUUCUACUUCAACUCCUCCACUGGCGUGAUCUGUCCAGGUGACACCAAGCGGGUAGAGUUCAUAUUUAAGUCAGGGGAGCCAGGCAUCAAAACUGAACUAUGGCAGCUCAACACCCACCCUUUGCUGCUGCGAGGAGCCACCAUGCUGGUCACAUUGAGAGGAGUGGCUCUCUAUCAGGACAAAACCGCAGACCAGAGGCUUUUCUUACAGACAAAGCUGGAAAAGAUAGUGAAGGUAAAACUGUGUCGGUCGAUUGUGUAUGAGGUGCUGCGGGGGGUCUGCACCCCAGAGAGACCCAGCUCUCCUGUAGAACUCUACGUCACUGAAGAGCAAGAGUUUUCACGCCAAAACCCCAAGUUGCAGUACCUUCAUCAACCAGUGGAGGACCUAAAGAAACUGUUUCAAGAAGUGCAUCCAGGACGCAGCUGGGACCUCUCUGUCCAUACACUGCGACAGGUCGUGCUUUCUCUGCCUGAGCAAGAGUCAGUGCAAGAAAAGAGUCUGGCCCAGCUCAACGCUCUGCUUCUGCAGCUUUCUGAACCUUCUUUACUGAAACAGCACCAGCUGACUGCAGCAGCUAUAGGGCAGCAGCUGUGGAUGAAACUCCUUCACAUGAUGGCUGUUGAGGCCGUGUGGCUCAGAAACCUGCUGGGCCUUCCAGAGAAAGUCACAUGGAUCGAUAUAAAGGAGGAAUCCCCAAUCUCUGAUGCUGACAUGGCUGAUAACAAAGAUGAGAAGAGUGAGAAAAAGGGGAAAGCGGCUGCAAAAGAGGAGAAGAAUGGAGCUAAGUCCAGAUUUAAAGAUGACAACAAAAGGGAGUCCAAGUCAGUAACAACUGAAAAAUCAGUGCAGGACAGCAAAAAGAAGGGGAAAAGAAGGGAGGUGGAGGAAGUGGUGAAACGCACUGAGGAAAAGCAAGGGAAGGAAUCGCCCUCGCUGACUGAUACCCCUUCAGAAGCCGUCAGUCAACAACCUCUCGAUGACCAAAAUGUAGAUCCGGAGGCGAUGGACAUUUACACAAGGCUCCUGCACAGAAAGGUGUAUGCUCUGAUGGAAGACCUGGUGGACAACCUGUGUGACCUGAUGGAUGAGCUUAAUGACGGAGAUGAGCCGGACACUAUUAGCACGCAGGCAGACACAGAAGUGUACAACCAAAUGUAAUAGAAACGUGUCACAUACAUAAGGAUUGUUGCGAAAUAAAUAAACCUUUUAUUUUUUAUGGCA